AUGGCGUUUGUGGCCGGCGCAUCGGUGAACAAUAGCUCUGCUCCUUGCCGAGCCGCUGCCUCUUCGCAAACGGGCGUGUUCGAGCAACACAUUGCCCUGGAACUCCCAGCAUCUUUUUCGCCCACUUCAGGCUCAACGCUGGAUCGUAAGGACGCUGGCCUGGGCUCGCACAACAGAACGAUCGCCAUGGCGCUCUCUCAGACAAGGCCAAUCUGGAUUCCGACGCCGUCGUCGCCGUCGCACAGCUCGCCUCGAAGCCACUUUCGAUGCAGCUCGGAUGCGGGAUCCGACCUCUCGAUCAGCUUCCCACUGGGCGGCGCGACCGCGUUCCCGCUGUCUGCAGUGCAGGAUCCGUUUGCAGCGGUAGAGCUCAACCAUCGACUCGCAUGUCUCACCGCCGAAGAUGUGCUCUCCUGCGACAGCAGCACGCGUUCGCGCCUUGUCGUGUUUCCGCAUGAUGGAAGCAUCGAAUCGGCAGGCGAGAGGCUUGCGGAAGCCGACCACGCCGAGACCUGGAUUUUGCUCGAGCGCAAACCCGAGCGCAAACACACCAGCAGCACUACCCGUGGCCUCUCCAAGCUCACCACAUCCGACUGCGUCGGUCUGCUGGGCCUCGAGGAUCUUUCGGCUUUCUUCGCCGUGGUCUUUGCACCGCAACUCUCCAAAAGUAGUGUGCACGAUCCCGUCUCGCCGCCAGCGUCGCCCAUGGCAAGUCCCUCGGACUUUGUCUUUCCUGGCGCACAUGCAGCACCGACGGAGCGCGUCGCUCAGAUUCGCAAGGUCCGCGCGCAACUCGACGCCAAGCGCGCCGUGGCCGCUUCGAUGAUCUCCAACCUCUCGGGCAAGAACGCGCUUCGACAUGUGUCGCUCGACACUCCGCUCGCCGACAUCCUGGGCCUGCUGAGCCAGCCCGACGUCAACUGUCUCGUCGUAUCCGACGCUCGCCGCAGUGACGACGGUGCGGUGUGUGGCAUCCUGACUGCCACCGACGUGGUGGCUUUCGUCGUUGCCGAGGCCGAGCGCGACUCUGUACUGGCCAACGCGCUCUCCACCACGCUCGAUGCCCUCACCGCCGUUGUGCUGCAGCAGCCGGCUGCGGUGAUCUCGGGCGAUCGCAGCACGGUGGAUGCGCUGGUGCGAAUGCAGGCCGAGCAGCUCUCGGUGCUGGCAGUGAUGGAUCCGGUCGGAGGCCUCAUCUCGCCCGUCUCGUCGCGCGAGAUCUCGCAGGAGAUCCUCCGAUCCGCAUCGCGCAAGAUCCUCACCACGCCGCUCUCAACCGUGGUCAAGAGCCUCCGCUCGCGCCAUCCACAGGGCACCGACGGAAAGGAUGCACAUCCAGCAGUCUCGGUAAGCAACUCGGCCAGCGUGGCGAGGGUCGCUGCCAUCCUGCUUGCGACCGAGGCGGGAGGCGUAUAUGUGGUGGACGAGCCCAAGGUGGUCAUGACUCCUCCGCUGUCGUGUGUGUCGGCCUCGCCGGGCAAAGAGCUACCGGCACUUUCGCUCGACACGGACAUGAUGCCGCUCAGCAGGUCGGUGAGCUUCACUCCGGCACCUGCCCAGAAGCAUCGACGCUCGUCGACGCAGUUCUGGACCGCACCGCGAACUUCGUUCAGCGGUGGCUCGUCCGAAACUUCGCGUCCGCCACUUCCCACCUUUGCCGUCGCCACUGGUGGCGAAACGGGCCGAGAACGCAGGGCGAGCAACAAGCCCGAACUGACGCUGUCGAGCUCGCUCGCCUCGCUGCCCAAGUCGGGGAGUGCCGCCAUGUCGGCGCACAUCAGAACGUCUUCGGCCGCCCGACCGCUGCGACCGCGAUCGCUCUCGCUCGCCCACUUUUCGUUGGACGAGACCAACUCGUCGCGCCAGUUCGGUAUGCAGGCAGCGCACCGAAGCCAAGGAUCCUGGACACCAGUCACACCAACCGCAGGCUCGGCAGCCUCGUCGGCAGGAUCGCCGUCGUCGCCGUUUGGCAACAUGCUCGUAUCGGGCUUCUUUGGCGAAGCCAUGCAGAACGGCAUACCUAGACACGUUGUCACCAUGAAGACCAUCCUGCAGUCGCUGCUCGCCGCCACGGGUGCUGCCAAUGAAGAGGCGCUCGAGACGUGA